UGAGCCCCGCGGCGUCCCGCAGCCGGCCCGGGCGGCAGGCGACCUGUCCUGUCUGACCUUAUGACUCCUGCGUGGCAGCGGCUCUUGGCCCUCGAAGAACGACAUUUUAAACUGUAGAAGAGGAAGGGGAAAAGAUGGGCCAUUGGGAGCGUCUCCCUGAAAAGAGUAAACCCAGCCCAGCCCUGCCUCUUUGCUACUUAGGGAGGAAUUCUGCCACGGAAGGGUUCUGGCAUCGGUGAUGAGCAAUGGGGUAUGAUGUAGCACGUUUUCAGGGGGAUGUUGAUGAAGACCUUAUAUGCCCCAUCUGCAGCGGGGUCCUGGAGGAGCCGGUUCAGGCUCCUCACUGCGAGCACGCCUUCUGCAAUGCCUGCAUCACCCAGUGGUUCUCCCAGCAGCAGACGUGCCCCGUGGACCGCAGCGUCGUGACGGUUGCCCACCUCCGCCCCGUCCCACGGAUCAUGCGUAAUAUGCUCUCGAAGCUGCAGAUCACUUGUGACAACGCUGUUUUCGGCUGUACAGCAGUUGUGCGACUCGACAACCUGAUGUCUCACCUCAAUGACUGCGAGCACAAUCCAAAGCGCCCGGUCACUUGCGAGCAGGGAUGCGGCUUGGAAAUGCCCAAAGAUGAGCUGCCAAACCACAACUGCAUCAAGCAUUUAAGAUCCGUGGUGCAGCAGCAGCAGACGAGAAUCGCUGAGCUGGAGAAGACCUCAGCAGAGCACAAGCAUCAGCUGGCUGAGCAGAAACGGGACAUUCAGUUGCUGAAGGCCUACAUGCGCGCCAUCCGCAGCGUCAACCCCAACCUGCAGAACCUGGAGGAGACCAUCGAAUACAAUGAAAUCCUGGAGUGGGUGAACUCCCUGCAGCCAGCCCGGGUGACGCGGUGGGGCGGAAUGAUCUCCACGCCGGACGCGGUGCUGCAGGCCGUCAUCAAGCGCUCGCUGGUGGAGAGCGGCUGCCCCACGUCCAUCAUCAACGAGCUGAUCGAGAACGCCCACGAGCGGAACUGGCCGCAGGGCCUGGCCACGCUGGAGACCCGCCAGAUGAACCGGCGGUACUACGAGAACUAUGUGGCCAAGCGCAUCCCCGGCAAGCAGGCCGUGGUGGUGAUGGCCUGCGAAAACCAGCACAUGGGCGAGGACAUGGUGCUAGAGCCGGGACUGGUGAUGAUAUUUGCACACGGAGUGGAGGAAAUCUAAGGACUUUCGAAGAGAAACGCUUCGUGCUGACGAGGGAGAGGAGGGGGAAGGUGCAGAGGUGGAGACCGGGGGUAGCCGGUCAAAACUGCUGGUGUUCCCUAGUCGCCGACAUGGUUUUCUUAGGGCACUGUUCCCUCGCACCUCUUGCUUCCUAGCUAAAAUGAUUAAAUGCCUCUGGUAAAUACUACUCAAACCCUUGGCCCAGCGGUGAGCACACGCUGCAGCCCCUCCAUGUUCGCCCCUUGCAGCUCAGCUUCCCCGUUCGAUGUCUUUCAAGGAGAGAAGGAGCCACCGCUCCACACGUACCGCCAGACUCCUCAGACCCAGCCUGCGUUUUGGGUGCUGGUGCCUCUGCCAGAGCCCGGCUCCGGGUCCAGCCCAAAGGCAAAGGCCCAGCUCAGCUCUUGCUGUGGACUGACCCCCGCGGCCGCUGGCAGCUCUCGCUUGUCCCAUGGCCGAAUCCUCCCUGGCCUUUCUCUCCCUCUCUGGAUCUUCCGCCUCGCUCUCCGGCGUCUCUCUGCCGCCAUCUCUCCAAGCCUUGCCUCCGACCGCGCAGUACGGCAGCAGCGGGGUGCGCUCCCCGCUCCUGCGGGCUGGGGAGGGGGCUUGGCCGGGGGGGUCCCUGAA